AUGGAAAGCCCCCGUCUGCGCAAGGCCGUGGUGCCCAUUGCCGGGCUCGGGACGCGUAUGUUCCCCUUUACCGGUGCUGUGGCCAAGGCCUUCCUUCCCUUGGUCGACGCCCGUCGUGGUCAUGUCGUUCCCUUCCUCCACGCCCUUCUCCUCGCCAUUCUCAAUGAUCCGCUCUCGUCCAUCGAUCAGGUCGCCAUUGUCCUCUCGCCGGCUCAGCGGCCGAUGAUUGAAUCCUACUUUGCCGGUGAUGCUGAGGCUCUGUGGGCGCCUUAUGCGGCAAAGUCGGAGGCUCAUGCCGCCGCCGUGGCAGAGCUCGCCGUCAUCGGCUCCAAGAUGGUCCUCAUCGAUCAGCCCGUCCCGCGCGGCUUUGGCGAUGCUGUCCUGGCCGCCGCCGACUUUGUCGCCCCGGACGAGUACUUUCUGCUCUGUCUCGGCGACCACUUUUACACUUCAAGCUCCUCCACGUCGUGCCUCGCCCAGCUCCUUGCCGCCUUUGCCGCUGCCCCGGGCCCGAUGACCUCGGUCGGCCUCACCCCGCUCCGCACAGCUCCUGUGUCAGGCGUCCUUGUUGCUGCUCCGGACGCAGUCCUUGAUGCUACUCGCGCCUUUGAUCUGGCCGACAUGCUCGAGAAGCCCUCGGUCGAGCUGGCCGCCUCCUGCGCCGCCAUCCCGGACUCGCUCGCCAUCUCGCCGCCGCCAGCCGAGUUGAGCAUUCUUUGCAACUUUGGCAUGGACAUUCUGCCGGUAGACGUCUUUGACAAGCUCGCCCGUCAGGGCCAGACUGCGUCCGGUGAGUGCGAGCUCCGGGUUGGCCAGCUCGACAUCCUGCGCGAGCGCGGAACCCGCGGCGUGCUCAUCGCCGGUGACCGCCACGACACCGGUCUUCCUCACGACUACGCUGCCUCGUUUGUC